AUGCAACACUGGUAGUGCUGAGGUGGAAGAGGCUCUUCGUUUACUACUCGUGCUGUUAUGCGCUUAAGUGCCGAGGCACGUGUUCGCUUUCGCGUUUCUGUCGUGAAGAUCGCCUCCCACCGCCGCCUCUGGACAAGGGUCCAUCUCGCAGUAUGUCUAACCGAGCUCUCCUCCCUCUCCCCGCAAAAGCCACUCCAAACCAUCUCUCCUCCAGCAUCCCAGAGUAUUCUCGUCACGGGCCCUUUUACGCCUCGGAUCUGAAACGUGGGCUCGUGGUUUGCCCACCGAAAAGCAAAUUCUCCGUGAGAGACAAUGGGAAAUCGAUGCAAUCAUCGAGAAUUGCUCGAAGCGACGGGACAAGGGUAGUCACCAGAGGUAUGGUUCGACUAACUCCUGAUUGGGCAGCCGCAACCCUGGCCCGUGAAAGGCUCGGACGGGAGGUGGGAAUUCCGGGACUUCGCUUCGAGCGUAGUUCGAGAGGAGGAGUAGACGGUCAGGUUGCGCGCGCGGAGGGCUCGAAGAAAAGGGUGUCAUUUCCGCCGCCGAGUGCGCGGCCUUCCCAUUUCUCCUCAUAUUCUUCCAUCUCACCGCGCAAACGACAGUCUUUUGCUUCGUAUCGUUUUUGAAGCAUUUCGAGCAAUUAGAGCGACCCUAAUAUCAGGCAUAGCCGCCGCUUUGCCUCGUCCGACACGGAAAUCUCCUUCCUGCGG